AUGAAACGAGCAAGAAAAGAUGAGCCGGAGCCUAUGGAAGAACAUGAUAGUGGUUUUGUGGGGCCUAUGACAUUAUUUGAUAAUUUCCCCCAUAAUGAUACAUUUGUAGAAACACGUUCUCUUGAAUUACUACCCACCCCUCCUACCGAAAAUGCAGAAAUUUAUACCUUCAUGCAUAAUCGGCAAGAUUAUGGUGUGAUAGAUAUGGAAGAUACAAAAUUAUCGGCAAAAUUACGACUUGCUGUUACGGUUGGGGGGGCUGCACCGGCAGCUGAUAGAAACAUCGCCGUAAACAUCGCCCCGUUACGUCACGGUUGGAAAACCAAAGCUGUGUAUUUAAAUAAUCAAUUAAUUACUCCCCAAUCCAGUAAAGAAAAUGAACUUGAGUUUACUCAUGAUUUUCUAACAACCGUUCCUUCGGAAUACAAAGAUGAUGCGGGAAUUAAUUUAAUGAUUCGUGACACAGCAGAUGUUGCUGAUGACCCCACCAAUUUACAUCGUUCUACAGAUGCUACGGGCAGUGUAAAUCUCGGUGCACGGGCACGUUAUGUGAAAAUAAAUCAGGGCGUUAUUCAUAAUUGUGUUGAUAAAUUGGAUCUGUUGGGUCGUGUAAAACGAUAUGUACCCACAUAA